UUAAGGAAAAACAUUUCAAGCCCUUAACUCAAUUUUUUAUUUGUUUUUAUUUUUCAAAGAAAAAUGGAAUUCCCAAAACCUCCGUUUCCCUCGAACCCUCUCUUAUCCCUCUCCACCUUCAUCCACCGUCUCGGCGCCGAGCUCGCCACCCGCCUCCACCACACCAACAGUCUUGUCGGCAACGUCGCUCUUGGUUUCUCUCCUCCAGCGGCUUACUAUCAUCGUCCGCUUUUCGCGUCGGUCUCUCAGCCGAAGGCUGCAGCUGCCACCUUGAGUCCCGAGCAGGUGUCCAAAACCCUAGCCGGCACCGCCGUUUAUACAGUGAGCAACUCCAACAAUGAGUUCGUGCUUAUUUCUGAUCCCAAUGGACCCAAGUCUAUUGGCUUGCUUUGCUUUCGACAAGAAGACGCCGAGGCAUUUCUCGCUCAGGUUCGAUUACGGAGAAGAGAGCUGAGAAGUAAUGCUAAAGUAGUGCCUAUUACACUUGAUCAGGUGUAUUCACUGAAGGCAGAAGGAAUUGCAUUUCGUUUUCUACCGGAUCCAAUUCAAAUAAAGAACGCAUUAGAGCUGAAAGCUGCUGAUAUCAAAAGUGGGUUUGAUGGAGUUCCUGUUUUCCAGUCUGACCUUCUUGUUGUGAGGAAGAAAAACAAGCGUUUCUUCCCAAUAUAUUUUAAUAAGGAAGACAUAGAAAAAGAACUGUCAAAGGUUUCAAGGGCAUCAAGAGGAACUGGUCUUUCUCAACAUAUCAUGGUUGGAAGCUUGGAAGAUGUUCUAAGGAAAAUGGAGAUGAGUGAGAAAAACUCGGGCUGGGAGGAUCUAAUAUUCAUUCCACCAGGUAAAAGCUAUUCUCAACACAUCCAAGACGUGGUGAAAGUAUGAGGCGGUGUGCAUCUUACUUCCGACUGUCCAUUUGAUAGCAUCAAAACAGCAAUUACAUCAACUCGAAGCUCUUGAAGUCUAUUCGGGAUGGGAGAGAGAAUUUAUGGGAUAGGAGUGAAUUGGCUCUGUCUCUGUAACUCGAUAUCCAAUGGGUCUCCAUAUGUCACCCCGAAAGAAAAAAAAAAGAAGGGAAAAGGAAAAGGAAAACCUAGCAGUUGCAGUGAUUGAUAUGCACCCAUACUUUUGAAUGAGUUAAUAGCAUUAAUCUGUGGAAAUGGUUUUGGUUGAUACCCACAA